UAUAUAGAUGAUGUAGUUUCUAUAGUGCUGCUAUAUACAUUAAAAUGUCAUUUUCAGGCCAGCUUCUCCAGCAUAGUGUAUGGUCUAAACCGGAGUUUAUGCGUAUCCUGACCAUCCCUCCAUUCAAAGCUAGCCAUGAAUCAGUUACGAAAGUAUCACAACAAAAAUUUAAAAUACGAGGCAUCAAGAGCAAAUCUAACUGUUUGGUCACACUUUCGAUGUUAAAUCCUGAGAAUGGCAUGAGUAUGUUUUCACCAUCCGACAUAAUCAAGAAGUUCUACUCUAGUAUCAACAACAAGGACAUGAACCAACUAGCACUGCUCAUAGCUAAAGAUUGUUUCUUUGAAGAUUUCUCCUACAGUCAACCAUUCCGAGGCAGAAAGGAGGCUCUGAAAUUUCUGGGGCAACUAACCACAUGCAUGGGAAAGAACACAGAGUUCUGCAUUGAACACAUUUAUGAGGGAAUUGAUCUUACAAUUGUAGUAAAGUGGCAUUUAGAGUGGAACAAGAAACAGGUUCCUUUCACUAGAGGCUGCAGCUGCUACGAGUUAUCAAGAGAUGAAGAUCAAGAACUAGUCAUAAAGAAAGCUCAAGUAAUCUUUGAAUCGCCAAUCAAACCAGGAAGCUUCUCUUUGGAAGUCUUCCAAAAGGUCAUUUCAGCAUGUGAUGCUUUCCCUGAGGCCACUGAAUGGUUGUUUCUGAUGAGUCCCCUUCUGUUACCAAGUAUCUACAAUAUAGCUCUACAGCCCAGCAUACGUCCAAUUCUUGCCUGCUACAGCAAGUUAUGGAGUAUCAUAGUCGCCUUUCUUACACUUAUCUACAUGAUAUUCCUGUUCAUUAUAAAGAAAUUUCACGAGUAG